UCGAGUCGCUUUGGGUGGGGUGGGGCGGGAGGUAGUGGGAAGGCCUGGCUGGCUGCAACACGCCCGCCCGCUCGCUCGCGUCGCGGUCACUUUGACGCACGCGAACCUGUUGAGCGCACGUCGUCACCUCGUCACCUCUUCUUGGUCUUGAGCGACUGCGACUGUUUGGCUUUCGGGCCGACUCGCGGAUCUCCUUCAUGCGGGACGCGUCGACGCCUUCCGCGCAGGCAGGACGCGCCGCCCGCGCCUUAACCGCCUCUGUCUGACCUGUGCGCAGGUGAGAGCCGCGCGGAUUUAAGCAUUUAAGGCCGAACCAGAGCGCGCAAGAAAAAGGAAAAACAACAACAACAAAAAAAAAACAAGAAAAAAAAAAAAAAAAAAAAGGAGCAGGACCGGGAAGGAUUUUUGUCGGACCCCGGACAACGUCCGAGAGGAGCGGGACGAGAUGGAAGUGAGCGCGGAGCAGCCCCGCUGGAUGAGCCACCACCCGGCCGUGCUGAACGAGCAGCACCCGGCCUCGCACCACCCGGGCCUGGGCCACUCCUACAUGGAGCCGUCGCAGUACCCGCUGGCCGACGACGUGGACGUCCUCUUCAACAUCGACGCGCAGGCCAACCACGUCUCGCCCUACUACGGCAACUCGGUGCGGGCCGUGCAGAGGUACCCGCCGCCCCCGCACAGUGCUCCAGUGUGCAGGCCGGCGUUGCUGCACGGCUCGCUGCCUUGGCUGGAGGCGGCCGGCGGCAAGGGGCUGGGCGCGCACCCCGGCGCGUCCCCGUGGAACCUGAGCCCCUUCCCCAAGAGCCCGCUGCACCACCACCAUCACCACCACCAUCACGGCUCCCCGGCCGGCCUGGCCGUCUACCCCCCGGCCUCGUCGUCGUCUUCGUCGUCGUCCUCGUCGUCCACCUCGUCGUCGUCGUCUUCUUCGUCGUCUUCGUCGUCGACGUCGUCGCUGUCCGGGGGCCACUCCAGCCCGCACCUGUUCACCUUCCCCCCGACCCCGCCCAAGGACGUGUCCCCGGACCCGGGCCUGUCCACGCCUGGCUCCGGCGGCCCCCCCGGGUCUCGCCCGGAGGACAAGGAGUGCGUCAAGUACCAGGUGACGCUGGGCGACAGCAUGAAACUGGAGACGGCGCACGGCCGCGGGGUGGCUGCGGCGGCGCUGGGGCCGGGGCCGGGGCCGGGCCCCCCCGUCUCGCACCACCAUCACCACCACCACCACCCCAUCGCCACUUACCCACAAUAUGUCCCCGAAUACGGGCCAGGCCUCUUCCCACCAAGUAGCCUGAUAGGUGGGUCCUCUUCUAGUUAUGGUUCCAAAACAAGACCAAAAACAAGGUCCUGUUCAGAGGGCAGGGAGUGCGUGAACUGCGGCGCCACGUCGACCCCGCUGUGGCGACGGGACGGUACGGGCCACUAUCUGUGUAACGCCUGCGGCCUGUACCACAAGAUGAACGGCCAGAACCGGCCCCUCAUCAAGCCCAAGCGGCGGCUGUCGGCGGCCAGGCGCGCGGGCACGUCGUGCGCCAACUGCCAGACGACCACCACCACGCUGUGGAGGCGCAACGCCAACGGCGACCCGGUGUGCAACGCCUGCGGACUCUACUUCAAGCUGCACAAUAGGGAUUGAAGAGGAGCUUUGCCCCACACUGGGACCUGGUGGCCCGCGACUGACCCCGACCGCCUGGCGCUUCCGCUCCGCGUGAUCCCAAUCCUGGUUUUGCUGAGUAUUCGUCUCAGGCGAACGCGGUGACACAUUUGUUGCGCAGGCUCUAAAAAGAGCGAACCUUCUGCUACUGCCAGGAGAUUUUAAUCGUGAAAAAUUGUCGUUAUUGAGUCCCAAGAGUUGGUACGCUGUCCUGAACUGGAGGCUUUAGUCCCGACAAGAGGUUCGAACACCACGUCGGGCGUCGACGGCCUCUGUGUGACCCCCGGCGGUCAGGUACCGAUGCAAAGGAAGAUCUCCCAUAUUCUGUAGUUUCUUUUGAAUCCUCUCGGAAGUAAAACCGUUCUAGUCCCGAGAUGCCUCAAACUUUGAGAGAGGGAUCUCACCCUUACAGGCUGGAGUCCACAGAAAGCGAGAGACAGAGAGAGAGAGAGUUCUCGUUCUGCAAUAAGGUACCGGUCCCGAGAGUAGGUUUCGGGCUCAAGAAAAGAUGGCGGUCCCCAGAGAAGGCUUCGGUUUUGCCAGAAGGUUAUAAUCAAAGAGUUGCUUCUGGUCCCGAGAGAAGGUUCCGGUGGCCCCGCGUCAGGACCCUGUGGCCUCCAUCUGACCCGGCCGUCUUCCACGCUGCGGGAUUUGUUCUCGGUUCCUUUUCUUGCCCGUCACAAGUCUUCCUCUCGGGUUAAAGCGAUGACACAUUUGUAGGCGCGGGGACUGACUUCGGGGAAUAUCCGUCUUCACUCGUGUCGAGAGGGAGUUGAAGGACGGCUUGAGUUCCUCGUGCGGGACUCCGAAUGUCAGGGGCUGAAAGUUGAGCGCAGGACUGGGAGUAGUCUGGAGCAAACCCGCACGCCAAUUGUCCAAAUCUACUCAGAAUUGCCGAUCGGCACUCGGGAACAUUGCAGGUUCGACUACGACCCCGGAACACUUUGAUAACUUUUCAAAGUCAAUCGAAAUUACGCUUCCAGAUCGUACCACUACAGCCCGGCGUGUACAAUACAAUGCGACAAUUCUGAGACCGAAGAAGGCCAAAAUGAAGGCUCGGACGCGGGUUCCCUGGCUCAAAAGCGUCCGCGAGUACCUCAUGUACGCGAGGACGCCAUCGCACGAGCAAACGAGCGCAAUUCCUCUGCCGCGAUGCCAUCCGCCAACGACGAUUUCGAGCGUUGCACGAUGGCGGAGAUUAAAGAUAAUUCACGGGAUUACGUCGUCUUUUUUUUUGCUUUCUUUUUUCCGAAAUCAUCAUUUGGGAAAAGACCUGAAGGCUGAAGCGUGGCGGCGUUGUGGGAGUUCCCUCGCUUGUUCGGGGGCUGAGGCGACGCUGGGAAGAAGGGGAAAAAAAAAAAAAAAAAAAAAUCCAUGUGUGGCGUCCCAUUGUGAGGGUAACAGUCGUAAAUUUCGACCGUAAUCUCCCGUCGAAACACGAAGAUAAAAGAUAAUUAUCUCUUUCAGCGACGUGCCCCGGAGGCUUCUUGGACGGCCUCGCCGACGACGGGCUUAAAGCCUCGUAAACGCGCGAACGGCGACGAUUUGAUGUCGAACAACAUUUCAGAUUGAAAAGUCUGCAGCUCGCAGGGUUUUCACAUCAAAGGCGGCUCGCAUAAUAGCCGCCCGUCGUCCGUUUUCCGAGCGGCCAAAUCGCGUUUGGAUGGAAAUCGCGUGUCCUCGGGAGAGACGGGGGAAAAAAAAAAAUUUGCCUUCAACGCGCCAAAGAAGCACAAAACUAGCACACGUCGUCGUCAUGUCAACCAACAACAAACAACAACAGAAUCUCAUCAAAAUUUUGACAAAACAUCUCGUAGGCAAAACUUGUAAAUAUUCAUAAGAUGCGCUCGAGUGAGAUUCACAUGAAACGAGAUUUGCCUUCCGUUUGUCGGCAAAUACUCGCAACGGACUCUUUAGAUUGAAAAGUAAAGUCCGCAAUUAAAAAAUGAGUCAUGAGGUUUUUUAUUUUUAAAACUGCAACGAUUGUAAUCUCACAAAUCUCACAAACGCGCUACAAAUAUUCCCCCCCCCACCCCCCCCGCUGGGCCACAACUCGUUUGUAUUCAGUUCGUCGGCAAAUCCAAUUGGAAUGCACAUUUUGAUCCUUUUUUUUUUUCAGUAACCCUACUGGCAAAAAAAAAAAAACCCCAAAAGUCGCAUUAUGGGAAAGUGAAAACCAUUUAUUUGAUUAUCAUUAUUUAUUUAAUCAUAAACAAGAAAGUUUCGGGAUUUCAUUGGAAAAGUAAGUUGAAGUGGCCAAAAACUCAAAGGUAACCACACAAGUACCUCGUUAGACAAGUUAAAAAAAAAAAAAGUUCAUUUAUUUUACAAGUCAUUUGCACGACGUUUGCCGAAACUGAACUUCAACUCAACUAAAUUGCCGAGUUAAAAUUCAAAGCAGGACUCCAACUUUCAAAAAAAAACCAACCCAAAAACGAAACUGCUUGAGUGGUGAUGCGUGACCUCCGUUCAGGUUGCAGCUCAUCGUUUGCCAAAUACCAGCCGAGUAACUUUCAAGGUUAAACACGAGCGGCGUAUUUUUCUUCGCGUGUGCGUAUUCAGUCAGUCGCCUCGACAGCUGCCCAAAGGCUCCGCUUGCGCGGCUGAUUGAUGAGUUCAAAACCCAAAACAAAAACACGUGAGGCGUCUCUUUCUCGAGGUGCGUUUUACCGUUUUAGCGGCCUGCCCCCCUGAUUGGCCCGAGGCCCCAACUGCAGCUCACCUGGUGCCGCCCGCCAAACAUUUGCAUGACCACAACUGUCACGGCUGUUUCACCCCCACCCCCAUUCUCAUUAUUAUUAUUAUUUUUUUGUCGUGGUUGACGUAAGAGCACGCCGAUUAGCGGGGCCUUCGGCGGUUCCCUAAAUCCUCGGCCCGAUCGGACGCCGACAAUAGCCGCUCGCCCGUCGGACGACAACUUGUCGGCCCGGCCGCGUGUCUCGGGCGUAUAUUUUGAACAGAAAACAGGCGGAAAUGUUCUCCCGCCAGGCGCAGCGGCCACAAGGCUAACAUGGAUGACAUAGCCAAUGUUAGCGUGCCACAAAAAAACGACCAGCCUCAGAAGUUGCGGGCUCGACUACUUGUGGGCACAGCGACAAACGUUUCAAGGGUUCCCUUUCAAGACGUGACACGGCGGCCACUAAACUAUCAAAGACACGACGACAAAGACCAGGAUCACCAGGCCUUCCGUCCAAGGAUGAUCCGAGGCCAGGGCAGCAGUUUAAAGCCCUCAAGAAGUAGUUUUACCAGAGCCCGACACAGACGGGCCCGUGAUCGGAUAAAAAAAAAAAAAAUCAGGGACUAGGAUUACCGUGACAAGGUUGGGCAAGCUACCAAAGAACUCUUCGGAACUACGAACGGAAAGACUGUCGUCCACUCGACGAAGCGAGUCAACUAGGAAUGAGCUGACGAAAGACUUCCAGGCUCGCUCAGAAGAUGUCAAAAACCGGGAAGCCCGAGACUCAACAAAUCAACCAAAAAGCUUUCAGCUGUUCAGCGCUGGCAACUGGGACAGGCUAGAAACCGUGAACCAGGAAUUCAUUCGGACUACGAUUACAUAUCGGGUAAGACAUCGGCUUGGAACCGGAGAGUCUUAACACGAUAGCAACUCCGAUCAAAGGCUAACCGUUAUUCCACGAGUGAUUCUUGUCCAGGAUUACUCAAACAGUACACAAAGACUUUGAGGCGAGAAGACAAACCAAACCAAAUCACAUCAAGACUGAGGUUAAAAUUAACCCCAGCCAAGUAGUCGACAAAACAUUUUCAGGUCCCGAAAAGGCAAAACAAAAAUGCUCAAAUACUGUAUUCUGGUCUAGGAUUACACAAACCCUGCAGAAAAAAAAUGUUAGGCUAGGUGCGAAAUCAGAUCCUCUCAAAGGGCAGGAUUACCAAAAGCCAAAACCAAAAGAUCCCAGGAUAGGAGGGCAGAAACCAGUCCUGAGCAUGAGCAGACCCUUGCAUUCAUUCCAAUGACAAUACUUUGUUGUUUCAUGAGCAAAAAGAAAAUAGCUGACAUAUUUUACAUUGCUUACAGAGUGCAAAUACUGGUUUUAGCUUUUAACGUUCUCUGGCUCUGAGCUUUCCUGUACAAACACAACA